CCGGAGAUUAUUGUUAGAAGAAGAACGUAAACCGUUGACGCAUUCGCUCUUCCAACAACGUACAGAUCUCAGGAGGAUAUCAGCCUCUUGACAAUGAAAAUGACUGCAGAGGAGCAGACAAGUGAAGGACAACACACCAUCCCUAUGGAGGGAGAGGACAUCACCCCAAAGAAAGACGGGGGCGUUUUAAAGCUGGUGAAAAGGGAAGGCACAGGCACAGAGUUUCCCAUGACUGGCGAUAAAGUGUUUGUACAUUAUGUGGGCACAUUUGUGGAUGGUACUCAGUUUGACUCCAGCAGAGGCGGAGGAGACAAGUUUUCCUUCGAGUUAGGCAAAGGUCAAGUCAUACUGGCGUGGGACAUAGGUGUAGCCACAAUGAAAGCGGGAGAGUUGUGCCAGUUCAUCUGUAGACCAGAGUAUGCUUAUGGAUCUGCAGGCAGCCCUCCCAAGAUACCACCCAAUGCUACUCUUAUUUUUGAGGUGGAACUGUUUGAUUUCCGAGGAGAGGACAUAACUGAAAAUGAGGAUGGAGGAAUCAUUCAUCGCAUUAUUACCAAAGGCCAGGGAUAUUCUAAGCCUAAUGAAGGAGCUUCUGUUGAAGUAACUGUGGUGGGCACCUGUGAGGGUCGCGUGUUUGACGAGAGAGAGCUGAAAUUUGAGAUUGGUGAUGGAGAGAGUCUUGGCUUGCCACCUGGAGUGGAGAAAGCUAUCAUGGCUAUGGAGCAAGGAGAGGAGGCUCUCUUCACCAUGAAGCCCAAGUAUGGCUUUGGGAUUGAAGGAAAUGUUAAGUAUAACAUUCCAGGAGGAGCAAUACUGCAAUACAAGAUUAAUCUGGCAGCGUUUGAGAAGGCCAAGGAAUCAUGGGAAAUGAACACAGACGAGAAGCUGGAACAGAGCAGCUUAGUCAAAGAGAAGGGAACACAGUAUUUUAAGGAAGGAAAAUACAAGCAGGCAUCAGUCCAGUAUAAAAGGAUUGUGUCAUGGCUGGAGCAUGAAUCUGGUUUGUCCGAGGAGAAUGAGAAGAAAGCGAAAGCCCUGCGGCUGGCUGCACAUUUGAACUUGGCCAUGUGCUUCCUUAAACUGCAGGAGCCAGGCCUAGCCUUAGAAAACUGUGACAAGGCUCUGCAGUUGGACGCAGCCAAUGAGAAAGCUUUGUUCCGAAGGGGCGAGGCGCAGUUUGGUAUGAAGGAGUUUGACAAGGCGAGAGACGACUUCCAGCGAGUUAUUCAGCUCUAUCCUGCCAACAAGGCUGCCAAGAGCCAGGUGCUUCUUUGUCAGAAACAUAUUAAGGAGCAGCACGAGAAGGACAAACGCAUCUACGCCAACAUGUUCCAGAGAUUUGCAGAGAGGGAUUCCAAGAAGGAAGCAGUGAAGGUGGCCGGUGACAGCAAACAGAACGGCGAUGGAGAUGAGAUGGAGGUGGAGAGCAGAGAAAAAGAGUCUGCAAGUGAAGAAAAGGCAUAGAUGAAGCUCCGACUGCAUUUACUGUUCAUGUGUAAUUUCAGACUUUUUGUAACUUCAGCUCUUUGUGUUAAGAGUGUGUGCGCGUGAGUGAAUGUGUGUGGGUGUAUGUGGGACAAUUAGGCGCUGGCACACAGGAGCACUGACUUUGCCAGCUCGUGUCUGGGCUUUUUUUGCUGUUCAAGUUAGUAAACAAAUCUUUGGAGUGCCACGGCAUCACUCACCCCUGAACCCUGUUUUUGUUGUUAAAUCCACAGCUUUGAACUGCACAUGUGGUGUCUCAGCAUUUUGGGUAGGAAAAAAAAAUGGAAUCCCAACCCUCACCCGUCAAGGGCUAGAACAUUGAUCCUUCCUCAUGGUGUUUUGUUCUUUUUCUGCUAUCCAUCCAACUCUCUUCAUGGGCCUACUGAUCAAUUCUCAGAGUUGUGAUGACUGUGUGCACAAAUAUGACAUGUCUGAAUUAUGUCCCAAAGUACAUAUGUAGCAGCACUAUGGAUAAUAUGGGACAAUGAGACCUUUUUCCUGCUCCCCUUUAGCCCUGAAGGUACAAGACUGUUGACAUUUGCUUUGACUUUGUAAUUAUAAUUAUUAUUCUUUUUCCUCCUCCCCUGUAUUGUGCUUGUGAUUUUUCUGUAAUGUUCAUGAAAUGAUUUCAACUGUUAACUGGAAUAUGUGCAUUGUUUUUUUUAAAAGCAGCUACAGUAGAAAGGAGCGUGAAAUAGCUUUUUCCUCAAUGAGCUCAAGUAAUAAAAAAAACAGUUAAGUGUUAGUCUUAAUUUACUGUAAAAACUUAUGAAUGCGUGUGUGUGAUUCAGCUCUGUGUUGUCACAUACAGCCGGGCUGUGGGCCAUGUGAUGAGUUUUGUUUUGUCAGAAGGGCUAUGGUUUGUUCUGCCCUGACAGAAGGAUAUAAUAAACAAUAGUUACAUCUCU